AGACGUUCGUUUGUCUGUUUUCUACCUGAUCCUAACGAUAUGUCUGAGCCCAAGCCGAUAUUGUAUUACGACGAGCGCAGUCCGCCCGUCCGCAGCUGUCUUAUGCUAAUCAAAUUGCUCGAUAUAGAUGUCGAGCUCAGGUUUGUGAAUCUCUUCAAGGGCGAGCAAUUCCAGAAAGAUUUCUUAGCGUUAAAUCCCCAACACAGUGUUCCCACUCUAGUCCACGGGGAUCUGGUGCUGACGGACAGUCAUGCUAUACUCAUUCACCUGGCGGAGAAGUUCGACGAGGGCGGCAGCUUGUGGCCCCAGGAGCACGGAGAACGGAUGAAGGUUCUGAACCUCCUGCUCUUCGAGUGCUCCUUUUUGUUCCGACGUGACAGUGAUUUUAUGUCGGCGAUUGUCCGCCAGGGAUUCGCCCAUGUCGAUGUGGCACAUCAUGAACGCAAGCUGACCGAGGCGUAUACUAUCAUGGAGCGCUACCUGGAAAAUAGCGAUUUUAUGGCCGGGCCACAGCUGACGCUCGCCGACUUAUCCAUCGUGACCACAUUGAGUACCGUCAAUCUCAUGUUUCCACUGUCGCAGUUCCCACGUCUGCGGCGCUGGUUCACCGCGAUGCAGCAGCUGGAUGCCUACGAGGCCAACUGCAGUGGCUUGGAGAAGCUCCGCCAAACGAUGGAGAGCGUCGGUAGCUUUCAGUUCCCAUCCUCAUCCGCGGUAGUCACCGAGAAGGUGGAGUAGCACUGGUUAUCAAAAGGCUUGUUUAAUUAAGCAUUGAAUCGGAUUUAAUUUGAUGGUUGCGCCGCACGUGUGGAUUUUAAAUCUCUUACAUUUCUAUAAAUUGUAAAACAUUGUUUAAGUUACAAUUAGUUUAUAUAUACAUAUAUAUAGCAUCUAUUAAAAUUUAAAUUCAAAGAUAAAUAAACCGAUUCAUGCCAGAUAAUAA